UGUCGCUGAAGGACUGCAUUUUCACUGGUAAUUUAAAAUUCAGGAGCCAACGUUUGUAUUAAAAAGGAAAAUACUUUUUUACCGAUCCAUUUUUUUUUUUUAUGUGAAAGGUUAUGGUUUGUUAAAAUGUGCUACAUGCAAGAUCAUUGCUGCACCCCGUGUGUAAGAUCGAUUCUUCGAAAUCCGCCACAAUCUUCGCUCGUUAGGAAAUAAGUUCACGUUCCACCGCAGACUUGUCGCUUUCUUCGCAACCAACAUGGCAUCGUUUGGAUAAAACCCGGUCUUCGAAUUCACUCGCCAUCGUGUAACUCGUGCAAAACAAGUUCAUGCAUCCGCACGAGCAGCGGUAACGACGAGAAUGAUCGCGGCUACCAAAGCCUGCGGUUGUCCACAAUCUCGGCUUUCGUUGGUCGCUCGAGCAAAACGUUCGUGUUCGUUAUCUGACGAAAGAUUUUCUUGUUGCGCCAAAAGUUCCCGCUGCGCUCCGUCGUGUUCGGGACACGUUCCUUCCACGACAUUGAGCGUCGCGUCGAAAGAAAGCGUCGGCAAACAAUCGUCGAGAGACAAAUCGAUGAAACAUGGAGCGUCCAGCGCGGAGAGAAUUCCAACGAAGAAGAUCGUGUCCGAGAUCGUACGGAAGAAACAGCCGUACAAAGAGAUCGAGGCCGUCAUCAACGACAAUCGCGUCAUCAUCAGGAUGCACAAGGAGCGGGAAGACAAGGAGGAAUACGAGCCUCCGUGCGAGUGCGUCGAUCAGGAGGUAACAUCGAAGGAUUCGACGUCGAGUUUAAAACAAUGCGAUAAAAAUGGCGUAGCGUUUGAAAUGGCCAACGGUACUCUGGAAAUUCAUCGCGCUUCUCGAGAAGACGCGACGGAGACGAUCUGCGAUCGCGAAAGAUGCCGCGCGGUUACGUUGUAUCCGAAUGUGAAGGACAACGACUCAAAAUCUUCUCAAGUAGUCGCGUCGGAAAGGGAUGAACACGACAAAUCGAGAGAGCAACUGGAUCGGGAAGAAAAUCCGAAUAUCUUCGUACUGAGAAUCAGAAAGCGCAGCGACAUUGGCGACAAGAAACAAAAGAUCGACCUCGAGUUCCGAACACCGCGGCCGUGGCGAUCAACGAAGGACAAGAGAAAGGAACUUUCCACGGUUAGAUCCGAAAAGUCGGAAGAAACAUAAAAGAAAAAAAAAACGAACGACAAGGAGAAAUAAAAUCAAAAAUGUCAAAAGUUUUGAUGUUCUUUCAUUGUAUCUGAAUAUUAAUUCGCUUUUAAUUCGCUUGAUUUUAACCUUGUAAAUUGAUUCGAAGAAGGAUUUAAAUAAGGCCGCUCACACACUCGUGUUCUCACGAGAUCAAUUUGUCUCGGACUAUCAGUCGAAGGCGGGUAUUAUUUUUAACGCGUAACAAAUCGAGCUUCCGGGAAUUGAAACCUCGAGAAUCACCCGAUGAAUGCUCGCCGUUGUGUAUUCGCUUGAUUUGUCUCGCAUCAGGUGUAUCGUUCGGGACGUAAGCUCCGUAGAAAACAACGCGACAGGUGCCGAACGUCUCUCUUCUUGGGACGCAGAACCUUCAUUUUUUAAAACGAGCUCUGUUUAUCGAACUUCACAGAUUUUUUCACUCGUCUUUCGAAAAUCAUUCGCUAAAGUACACUUAUCGCAACUUUAUUGUUUAUUACGUUUCUAUUUGUUACAUGUAUUAUUUUUUUUUAUUUUUUAAAAUUCACAAAAGAGAAGUUUUCACAGCGCGUUUUCGAUGCGAUCUCCGCUAACUGCUACGACGCGAAGACGUAAUCGAGGGAGAGUCCUGAGAAAACGUGUCACCACGGAGAAAAUUGUCGUGCGUCGCGUUUCUUUAUCCCCGAAGAUCAGCGUUCCGAGCGGAGAUCAAGCGUUGACCAAGAGAGAGAGAGAGAGAGAGAGAGAGAGAGAAAAAAAAACUCGGAAAAAAGAGAUCUUCAAAAAUCUCGAGGACGAUUCUCACGAUAUGACGCUCAGAAGUCAGGUGCGCGCGUGAAUGGACGCGUCUGGCUUCCAUUCAUUCAUUCCUUCGGAGGGAUUCGAAUAGCCACCCGCCCACCAAAGCCCCCUAUUUUUUGACGUCGAACAGUCUCAGAAGAAUAGAAGAGAGAAAGAGAAAGAAAGAGAUAGAAAAGAAAGAAAAAAAAACGAUGAUUUCUCACAAUCAGUGGAGUGCGCGGCGAUCCGAGAUCGAGUCGUUCUUUCGACCGUCCCGUUCUAUUGGCGCGUAUAAUGAUAAGCCAAAGACUUUGAGCUUGCGCGAUUUUUCAAUCGACCUCGAUAGCCCUUUCCACGUUCUCGGUUUUAUUAAUGCUCGGAUUUGAGUGAGAAAUAUGUGACGAAUUCUCUUUUGAGAAGAAAAUCGUACGGAAAUAAUGUUCACAAAAAAGAACAAAAAAUCUCAAAACUGCAAUCAUUAUCUUGUUAAUUGAAACACACCCAAGAAAAUUAUAUUUAAUUUGCGCGAUUAC